AUGGGGAAAAUUCUAAUAUGUUUCCUUUUCUUGUUUUUCUUAUCCAUCCAAAAAAUUGAUUCUGUUCUUUUAUUUAGACAUUUUAACAUCCAAUUUUCAAAUCACCUUCCAGAUAACAAAAAACUUAUGUUCGAAUGUAGAUCUGGCAACGAUGCAGCGUCCAAAGUUGUAUUUAUUUCCUCUGAUACUACAUUCACAUUUAAAUUCAGAGUUUACCUAAAAACUUUGAUAUGGUGCAACUUAUGGAAGGGACCUAAUUACGAGCAACAUGUAAAACUUAACGCAUUUAUCGCGAAAGAAAGUUUUAUACAUGAUAUAUGUGGGGGUAGGAAACCUAACGUAUGUUUCUGGCAAGCGCAAGAAGAUGGAAUAUAUGUACGAAAUAAUGCAGCCGGAACCUUUAAGUUUAUGUAUAAAUGGGAUACACAACGUCCAAAAUCUAUAUUAUCUUAG